UAUGUACCCAAUCUUAUUUGAUUAAUUUUAUUGUCUGUAUCCUGCUUGAGUAAACGAAUCUUCUGGUUAUAUAUACAACCCGAAAAUUGAAGUCUAGAAGUGAUUGAUUAUUUCCGACAGAACACAUGAAAGCGAUUCUGCUAAAUCACUUUAUAAGUUUAUACGUAUACGUAAAUAAAUUUGAAACAAGAUAUUACACAAAUUUUUUCGUAUUAAAUAUGUUAAAUUAUCAAAAAUUUUAGAAAAUUUUCUUGUUUACGAGAAUGCAUAUACAAACGUUAAAUGUCUUUUUUGUAGAAGAAUAAUGCGUGCUUAUUCUAAUUCCAAAUUAACUUAUUUCCAUAGCACACAAAUCUAAAGACAUUUUACUUUUUUAAUUUCCAGGUUGAGCGCGGUGAACUAAAUCUCACUUUCCCAAUAAUGUUCAACCCAGUCACGUGGGAAGCCCACGCUUUUCCCGUAUUCUUUGGCGGGUCCAAGGUCGUGGACGACAUUAUAGAAUCGGUACCUGCAGUCCAACUAGUGUGGUUCGUGAGAACUGAUAACAAGUUACAAGAACAACGUGGCGCAGCAUGGGAGGACGCGUUUCUCGAAGCUGUUGGUGUUGCAGAAGACACCGGCCGUUUCAAGCACAUAUCUAUCGCUCGAUUUGGUUCAAGAACUCUGGAUCACGAGUUGGAAAAAAACACAAGAACAGUCAUCCCCUACUUCGGUUCUACAUUUAUACUAAUGGGCGUAUUCUCUGUCGUCACAUGCAUGAUGGCUGACUGGGUCCGGUCUAAACCUUGGCUGGGUUUACUUGGUAACAUUUCUGCCGUUAUGGCAACCGCUGCGGCUUUUGGUUGCGCUAUUUAUUUGGGCAUCUCCUUCAUCGGCAUCAACUUAGCUGCUCCUUUCUUAAUGAUUGGUAUUGGUAUUGACGACACGUUUGUGAUGCUAGCGGCUUGGCGACGAGCUUCCUCAAAAUUGGAUGUACCUGAACGGAUGGCAAUAAUGCUUUCGGAAGCUGCCGUAUCUAUCACGAUCACCUCCGUCACAGAUAUGUUAUCGUUCUUCAUCGGUAUAUUCUCACCAUUUCCUUCAGUGCAGAUCUUCUGCAUGUAUUCAGGUCUAGCAGUUUGUUUCACAUUUAUCUGGCAUCUCACCUUUUUCGCCGGUUGUGUAGCGGUCUCCGGGUACAGAGAAAAACAAAAUCGACACACCAUCACUAUGUUGAAAGUACUGCCAGAAUCCAGAGCCCGCAAAGGUUACUUCCAUAAUUUUCUGUUUCUUCUGUUCACUUUUUUGAUUCAUUUCCUACGUAUCACAAAUAGUUUCAGGCAUAUGAUUACCUAUAAAUUUAAUUAUAUGUGUUUUCUUGUUGCAGAAAAAAAAUCUUGGAUAUACCGGAUAUUCUGUACAGGCGGAAUUGACCCGGCUGAUCCUGACAAUCCUAUAGACAACAAGGAACAUUGUAUAAUGUCAUUUUUCAAAACAACAAUGGCGGACAUCCUUAACAAUGGAAUAGUAAAAACUUUUGUCAUCAUCAUUUUCAUAGCUUAUUUGGCAGGGGCUGGGUACGGAGUCACCAAUCUUAAUGAAGGUCUUGAAAGAAAGAAACUUUCAAAAGAGGAUUCAUACUCUGUGGAGUUCUUCGAUCGAGAAGAUCUUUAUUACAGGGAGUUCCCAUACAGAAUUCAGGUGGUGAUAAGCGGUAAUUACAAUUAUUCAGAUCCAAAAAUACAGGAUGAAGUGGAAUUUUUAACUCAGAGAUUGGAGAAUACAUCGUAUAUAUCUAAUUCCCUGUAUACAGAGUCAUGGCUUCGAACAUUCAUCAAUUACGUAUCUCGGAAUAACGACUACUUGAAUGUCACCAUCGACAACGAACCGGACUUUAUUCGAAAUCUUAAAAAAUUUUGGCUAUUCCCAGCAAAUCCCUUCUCCUUGGAUGUUAACUUCAAUGAAGCCGGAGACCAAAUAGUCGCUUCUAGAUUUCUAAUCCAAGCUAUCAACAUCAGCGGCACUAACCACGAGAAAGAAAUGGUCAAAGUAUUGAGAGAUGUAGUCGCCCAAUCGCCAUUGAAUGCGUCUGUUUUUCAUCCUUACUUUGUUUUCUUUGAUCAGUUCGAGCUGGUGAGACCAACGUCCAUCCAAAACCUCUGCUACGGCGCACUGAUGAUGAUGAUCACAUCAUUCAUAUUCAUUCCGAACAUUUUGUGCUCACUUUGGGUCGCCUUUAGUAUUAUUUCAAUUGAAAUCGGAGUAGUCGGUUACAUGGCUUUAUGGGAUAUAAAUUUGGACUCCAUAUCCAUGAUAAAUCUCAUCAUGUGUAUCGGUUUUUCAGUUGACUUCACCGCUCACAUUUGUUACGCAUAUAUGGCAUCCAAAGCGAAGUCACCAGAUGCUAGAGUUAGUGAAUGCCUCUUUUCCUUAGGAUUGCCGAUUGUGCAAGGAUCUUUUAGUACUAUUCUUGGAGUGGUAGCCUUACUCUUGGCUGACAGUUAUAUAUUCUCGGUUUUCUUCAAAAUGGUUUUCAUGGUGAUAUUCUUCGGAGCAAUGCAUGGUCUUUUCCUACUUCCCGUUCUACUAUCAUUGUUUGGACCGGGAUCAUGCACUAGGAAACAAGAGGAUAUAAACAUGUCAAAAAUUGAAAAAUGUUAUCCACACCCGUACUGUCUACCACACCCCCAGUUAGUUCUAAACGAUCAGAUAUUCAAUGGAAAAACCCUAAACCCGAAUGGAGUCUAUAAAAUUUACGGAGACGACAAAGACCUAGGUAUUGGAACAUCAGGAGAAGACACAAGUGAGAGUAGCUCAAACCAAUCACAGCGGCGUCAAUUAGACAAUGAAAAUGGACGUGCAAAAUACGAGGACGGUUGGAAGAGAUCAAGUUAUUGUCAAAGUUCGAGUCAGUUUCAGCCGUCUGGAGAAUUAGAUAUGUAUGGCCACGACCUGGAUAGGACGUGGCAACGACAACGUUACGAAGAUAAUAGACGAGUAUUUGACAAUUAUAGGAAAGUACCGCCGAUGGCCAAGUCAAGAGAUGAUGAGUGGAUUGCAUCAACCCGUAAAACCAGCGACGAUGGCCCUCGUCGUGAAGGUACAUACAGAGUAACGCGGGCACAUUCACACCACAAUAUCCAUAGACCACGUGCUCCGCGACGUUCAAAUUCACACCAGAAUCUCGAACACUUAGAUUAUGUAGCAGAAAUGCGGUUCCCUUGACAGUGGACAGAAGUUAAUAUAUAAGUGUUUAAGUUUUGAAUUUAGUUAAAAGUGCUCAAAUCGUGGACCAAAGUAUUUACCUGCUACUAUCGUAAUUUCAAAGUAAUAUUCUAAGAAAGUAUUUAGAGGCGAAAAUGGUUUUCUCUACACAUGUAAUUAUAAAACGGUAUUAUUAUAUUUGAUCAAUUUUGCAUUCGCAAUGCUAUACCGGAAUAUAUUUUUAAUGAAAAAUGUUUAAAAAAUAAAUCUUAAAUCUCGGAGUACAAGGGACAAGAUGAACUUUUCAAGCAUUUUUAUUAAAAACCGUAUCAAUUUAAGAUUUUCUUUAGCAUGCGAGUGUUGUAAUAGAAAAACACGACUACUUUAUAUUUUAUUAAUAUGUAAAUAAAAAAUAUUUUAAAAAUAACUUUUAAAAAUUGACGAUUAAAUAUACUACCGAUACAAAUUUCAAUCACACAACUGUGAUUCACCCUUUUCCGAGUGUAUAAUUUAUAUUUGUAAAUUUAAUUUAUCAUUACAAAUAAACAUAUAUUCCGUAUAGGUAAGUAACAUUUAAAUGGGAGUAAAACAAAAUAUUUUUAAAAUAAUUUAUUAAAAUAUUACUAGUUCCUACAAGUAAUAAUACUUAUCAACUAAAGUAUCAAUCAGUCGGUGUUUCAUAUAGUUGUAAAGACUGUAUAAUAUUCUGUUCUGAUUCAGACAACUUUGUUUUAUAUUUAGUUUCAUGUAUGAAUUGUGUGAUAUAUUUCUGGGGUAGAUAAGAUAUUAUUUUAUAGAUUGUGUAUAAAUAAGUGUGUAAAUGCAUAAGACAAUUUAAGUCUGCAUUGAUUUUAUAGAAGCUUUAAUGUUACCUGUGUUUAUAUUCUGUAAAUAAAAUUAGUAUUGUGUGACACCUAUUUCUCACUGCCAUGAAUAUCUCCCCAUAUUUAAAAGAAUCUUCUGAAUAUGAAAAUAUUUUUAAUGAAUAACAACUACAAAUAAUAAUUACUUCUUUUUUCAAAAUUAUCUGUACAGUAAUUUUGAUGGCUGAUCGUUAGGAGAUAGGUUUUAUGAAUGAUGUAUUAUGUGGUCAAAACAUCCACGGUAUCAUGACUGAAUAUUGUAAAUAUAUUGUUUUAUAUUAAUAAAAAAUAGGUUUGCUAAGAUCACUUUUGUUUAAUUUUUUUACAAACAAAAAGGUUCGUUUUGAACACGAAAUAAAACACGUGUGCCCUUAGCGCCGAUAAUCAUAGCGUGAAUUGAAUACGUAUCGAGGACAAAUGUCAAAUUUUUGUAAUGGAUGGUAAUAUUUGAAUAAGGAAACUAAGGUCCCCUUAACGGUAAUACGCAACUUAUAUGGCUCACCGAUGUACCUGCGCAGAAGGCUAAUUUUCAAACAACGUUAAAUUUAGACUAAUCUGAACACCAAUUGCCUGAUGGCGCGAUACUCACACACAGAGAAGUCUGACGAAAAUAUCACAUAA